GCUGGGGCCCCGACCUGCGGCAGAAGGGGGAAGUGAGAGCUGCCGGGGUGGGGCGGACGCAGCACCCCACAUACAGACAGACGGACCGACAGACGGACAGCAGCCAGGCCAUGGCAGAGACAACCGACCAGCCAGGCCCACAGGAGCAGCAGGAGCUGCUGGGGGCGCACGGCACCAGGGGUGUCGGUCCAUGGAGCUCCGAGGAUGAGGACCAGGACCAGCAGCUGCAGUACCAGGAUGAGGAAGAGGACGGGGGUGCCCAGGGGCCCCAGCAGUCGGAGCGGGAGACACUUCUGAAGACCCAGGAGGCCUCAGAACUGGAUGAAGAUGAGGGGUUCGGGGACUGGUCCCAGAGACCGGAGCAUCGACGGCAGAACUGGGGGGCCACUGCAGAUGGCGGGGACCCCCCUCAGGAUGACAGUCCAGAGGGGCAGCAAGAGGAGGGCAGGCCCCCCCAGCCUGGGUGUGGGGACCAGGAAGACACAGCCAUAGUCGGGCUGGAGGGCGUCUGUCUGUGCUCAGAGCCCCCACUGGACACGGACCCCGCAGGACCCCCAGGGACCGUCCAGGCCCACGAGCAUGAGGAAGGCCCAAGCCCCAGGACACCCAGCCCCUCGGGCUUGCAGGGGGGUGACCAGCCGGGAUCUCCUCCCCUAAGCCCCUGCACCAAGAUUGUUGACAGAACUGAGUCUCUGAACCGCUGUGUGGAGAGGAGCAACAGUGUGAAGAAGUCCCAGCCCGGCCUGCCCAUCUCCAAGAUUGACGGGCGCCUGGAGCAGUACACGCAGGCCAUCGAGACCGCUGUCCGCACCCCCAGGCUGGCCCGCCAGCCCUCCAUCGAGCUGCCCAGCAUGGCUGUGGCCAGCACCAAGAGCCUGUGGGAGUCGGGUGAGGUGCAGGCCCAGUCAGCCUCCAGGGCCCCCCCCUGCAAGGACAUCGUGGCUGGAGACCUGAGCAAGAAGGGGCUCUGGGAGCAGAAAGGAGCCCCCCCGGCCUCGUCCACAGCCAAGACCACCCCCUCUGGGAAGAGGUACAAGUUCGUGGCUACUGGACACGGGAAAUACGAGAAGGUGCCGGUGGACUAGGGCAGCUCUGCGACCGCUGGCUGUGGAACUGCUGAGUGCCAGGGGAGCCCACCCAUACCCGCAGAAGCCUUCUCCCCCGGCCCACCAGGCCUGCCCCUGGUCCUGAGACCCCUGCUUCUCCAGGAUCCCUGAUAUCCCACCCAUGUGCUCCGCGUGCACUCCCCCCCCCCCCCGCCCACAAUAAAGUUGCUGGUGUCCUCAG